AUGCCAAGCUCAUCACAGGCACCCUCACGUUCUGCUGCCUCUAACAGUCACCCUAUCGUUCCAUUUGUAAUCCCCCAAGAACCUGCAAAAUCAUCUCCACCUCUUCUACAUGGUCAUUCUUUUCUUAUUCCCGAGUCUUCUCCGCCUUUUCAUUCUGCUACAACUUCUUGUCAGAACUCAUUUACUCGACCUGAUCUUGGCAGCUCAACUCUGGGUUUGUGCACUGCGUCUGUGAGGCCGGAUGAAGACGAGAUAGAAGCCGAUGGGGAGGAGGAAGGAGUAGGUGUUGGAGGUGAGAUGGGCGAGUUUGAAGAGGACGAGGAGUUCGAUGCCAGUUCCAGUCAGGAGGCAAGCACUUAUCACUUUUUUUGCUUGAGAAUUUGGUAUUUUUUUGAUGAUUCGUCUUUCUUUUUAUCAACUAAUUCUUGUCGACCGUUUAGAGACCAUUUUAGAGAUGUAUUGCUGUUAAAAACCUAG